UUGGAGACUCACCGGGUUUGCCAAACCAAACAGCCAAAGGCCCCUGUAAAGGGAAAUUUCCAAAAAGCCCUUCUCUUCUUCUUCUUCUCUUAUUUUCCAUAAAUAAUGCCUAUAAGUUCAAAACCCAGAAGAUCAAGCGGUCCUGUACUUCCCUCUCUAUCUCCAUGCGGAAGAUUCUCAAACACGACGUCAUCUUAUAUGUCUUUGAACGACGUUGUUUUCUCUUCUUCAUCUUCUGCUUUUGCGUCUUCUACAAGCUUAAGUUUCUAUUCCCCGUCGAACGCAGCCUUCUUCAACCAUAGUCAUGAUAAUGUCAGAUCAGUUUCUCCUACACGCGUCAAUCUCUACACGACGUCGUCUCCUCCUACAUUUCGUUUCUCCAUAGGCAGUAGAUCUAGUUCUCCUAACCGCUCUAUACCAGCCCUUACCGUUACUAACCAGAGUAAUAAUAAUAAAAACAGUAAGAAGACUUGUAUGUGCUCUCCAACCACACAUCCAGGGUCGUUUCGAUGUAGUCUGCAUAAAAACAAUAACAGUCAUCAGGGAAAUAGUUUGCAUUCGUAUACACCAAACAGGUUAAACAUGAGGAGAUCGGCUAUGAAGAAUUCACUGGUGAGAAUCGGUGGCGUUGAAGGUGAAUGGGUGAAGAGAGCAUUGACGACGUUAAUUCGUCCUUCCUCUCAUCAGCAACGACGUCGUUGUGAUUUUCAACCAAGGCCGAGUCGGUUGUCUAUUAUGUCAAAAGCCGGUGAUGAUAGCAUUUGAUUAUUACUUGCAGGACUGUUCUUGUUAUUGUUUUCCUUGUAUAGGACUGUCAUAUACCCAGACGGAUCGAACGAGUUCUGAUUUGCAGUCGAAUCGGACGAGUUCUAGGGACUGAAUCAUCCGGAACCAGUUUUUGUAACUGGAGACGCUGAUUUUAUUUUUUCCUUUUGUUGUGUGCACAUAGUCAGAUUGACGAGAAUUUCCUCUGUACAUGUCAUUUGGAAGGAGAUUUUGGGAUAUUAUUUAAAUUAAUCUUUCUUCAAAAAGAAAAA